UCUCUAUCACUCGAACUUCACCACUGGAGCCGUCAACAACAGGAAAGCUCAAGUCAAAUUAAAGUUUCGGAGAUCAUGUCGAAGAUAAUUUUGAUCAUGAGUGCACUGAUCUGCAUGAGUUCCGCCUGUCUCAUUACGAAUUGUCCCCGAGGGGGCAAAAGGGGUGAGAAUCCCCUGCUAUCACUCCACAGUCUCGCCGCAGAGUGCCCCAGCUGCGGUCCUGGACACCAAGGCCAGUGUUUUGGCCCUAAUAUCUGCUGUGGUACGACAAUUGGCUGCUUUAUAGGCACUCCAGAGACCUAUAAAUGCCGAACCGAAAGCCUUUACUCUCGUCCUUGCAUCGCAGGCUUUGCCAUGUGUCGGGACAAUACAGGCAGAUGUGCUGCUAAUGGAAUUUGCUGUUCACAAGAGAACUGUCACGCGGACUCGUCCUGCAGAGUCGGUGAUGAAUUCAGUGAUCGUAAAAUUGUCCAGGAGUACUCAAGACUUUCCCCAGAAAACGAGUGAAAAAACCCAGGAAAAUCUCAAUUGAAUCUCGCAAUUGGAAAAACAAUUAUGCAAGGAAAUACUAAUAUCGCACUACAAAUAAAUCCACAACUUUUAUGAUAAGCCUUCAGUCUUCGUUCUCUGAUUGUCUGUUCUGACACCGAGUAUUUUUUUUUUUCGUAUUCGUAAUUCCAGAUGAUUUAGGAAAAUUUCUAUUGAUCUGGUAUAAAUUAUAAUGUC